GGCAGCAGCCCGCUCUAGCGCAGGACGUCUCCAUAUCAUCACCAGCAGCAGCAGUGUUUGAGCGCACGUGUGCCGGCUGCCAUGCUGGGGGAGGGAACCUGCUUAAACCGGGUGCGGGCCUCUCACUCGCUGAUCUCCAAAGGAACGGGCUCACCUCAGCAGACGACAUUGCCAGGGUCACUGCAUUCGGCAUCGGUCGCAUGCCUGGCUAUGGGGAGGACUGCAAACCGAGGGGCCAGUGCACGUUCGGCCCGCGUCUGAGUGCUGACGUCAUCCGCCAGCUGGCAGAGUACACCCUGUCACAGGCAGAGGCAGGAUGGCCACGCUGA